AUGGGCCACUUUGAGUCUGGCAGCGACCGUUUCCAGCACUGGAAUGACAACAUAAGACUAGUGGACACUGUCAGAGAUAUAAUCCUGCACACGGCAGCUGGGUCCUACUUGCCGGCCCCCGAAGCUCCGCACCCGGCACAACGUGGCGACAUUGGGGCAGACUUCUCGCUGUUAGGCUCUGCGUCUCGUCCACCACCUGAUGGGUUGUGGUACUCCACAGACUCCCAUCGUGCAAUUGGAGCAGACUUCUCGCCGUUUGGCUCUGCGUCUCGUCCACCACCUGUAUCUCAUUUGAAAACCCAGACUUCACCAUUGUCACCUGCGCGCAUGUCUUGCAGUUUCUGCGUGCACAACGGCGAGUCCAAGUUGGUGUGCAAAUCCCACUGGCUGAAGAACCAGGUCGGAGAUGUUAUGUGUCCCUACCUGCGGCAGUACGUGUGUCCCCUGUGCGGAGCCACGGGGGCCAAAGCCCACACCAAGCGCUUCUGCCCGAUGGUGGACAGAGUGUACGACUGCGUGUACACGAAGUACACUUAG